CACCAAAGAUGGCAAGCGCAAGCAAGGACACCAGCUAGCUGAUGGUUUAAUUCACCAUUUUCUUAUUUCGUUUUCUGGAAAUAAGAGUGCUAAGUAUAUCUUAGUUCUAAACCGCAGGCUUGACAACCUUUGUCUUUUUAUGGACAAGUUACCCACUUACAAAUUAGGACUCCCAGCAUUUAGUACUCAGUUCAAUGCCAUAUUUUCGUGAAAAAAUAGUAUAUCUAGCUAGCUAGCUAGCUGUAUCUUGAUCCACAUGACAUGGCACUUUAAGUUUUGAAAUGAUUGUAAGUUUAAAAUUGAAACAAGGUGCAAGUGAAUAGGAAAUGAAUGGGAUACAAAUGGGAAACUAUUUCAAAACUGUUUAAAGUGAUUAAAAGACAUGUUUUUGAUUAGCUUUAAGGUGUGAGUAAGGGAAAAUGUGUGAUGUUUUAAAAUAGCUUCUAUUAAAAUUACGUAAAAGUUGUAAUAUUGUUGUUUAACAUUUUCUGAAAGUUUAUAAAAUUGCCUAAAAGAUGAUAUGAAAAUUAUUGGAAACGAAUAAAAUUAAAGACAUUAAAAAAUGACCCCUCCUUUACUAAUACAUUUCCAUUUACAAAACGUUUAGUUUUUCAUGAUCGAUGUUCACUGUUUUGUAAUCACAACACAUUGAUCUAAAAACUAUCUGAAGAUUAUAGUGUAAUUAUUUUCCGUUUUGAAGAUAUUUUCCACUUACUUUUUAUAUUGAAUUACAAACCAUAAUUUGCUAAAAAAUAUGUCAUAACUCGAGAUCUGUUCACACUUACGAAUUAAAUGUAAAAUCAUUUUUAGAUAUAACAUCUGUCUUCAAAAACCGCUCACCCUCCACCUUGUAGCUUUUUUUAGUUUUGUAAAUGAAGAUGAAAAGGCUAGCAGUACUAACACAAUAAAUAAACAUUUCGAAAAAGACCUUUUUAAAAAAUAUCAUCACUUUUGUAUAGUUAAAUGGUCGCUACAGGUGUUUUUAACAACUUCUGUACAACACGCGUGUCUGCUCAUGUUUGCACUUAAAACAUAUUCACAAGAAGAGAGAUAGGCAAAGUAAAAAUAAACAAAAAGGAAAAGGAAAAAAUGUUACAAAAUCUCAUGGAAUAGGGUUAAAAAAAUGAUCCAAUAUCACUAAGUCAUAUUCGCUAUCACUGGAUAAAACAUCAUUAUUUUCUUUCGACUAACAUUUUUGUUCAAUUUGCAUAUUAUUUUUUAUUUUUUAUCUUCACUUGGCUGGAGAGUUAAAACACUUUUUUCUAAUUUUUUUUCUCUUUUUUGAAGGAGCAGAAGCUUUAUGACGAGUAGACAUUUUUUGAAUUUCCGCGCCCGAAGGCGUAGGAAAUUCUUUAAAACCGUCGUUUUUUUCUUUCGGAGCAUUUUUUAAGAAAAAAUCGACCCUGGGAUUUCACGUUGCUCCGUCACAGAUGUAAACUUCGUACCCAAGCUCCUUAACUACUGGGAAGUCUCGUAUUGACGUUUCAGGCCAAAAUUGGUAUUUGUUUUCGAAAAAAUUUGGCACAGUUAACAAAAAGAGUAUGCUGAACAUAAUGGUGACAUCAAAAUUUUGAUUUUUUCACCUAAAUGCCAUUUUAGGCCAAAAUUGGUCCAAAAAUUAAAACCACUUCAUUUUCGGCUAAAUCUGGCACAGUUAACAAAUAAAGUAUGCUGAAAAUGAUGAUGGUACAAAAGUUUGAUUUUUUGUCACCUAAAUGUCAUUUCAGGCCAAAAUUUAUCUAAAAAUUAAAACUGCUUUAUUUUCGACAAAAAUUGACACAGUUAAUAAAAAAAUAUGCUGAAAAUGAUGGUCACAUCAAAAUUUUGAUUUUUUGUCAACUAAUGCCGUUUAAGACCAUAAACGUUUCAAUCGCAAGACUUUCAACCAUGAAUGAUAGGCUGUAUUUUUGUUAGCAAUUUCUUUUAAAAUGUGAGUUUAAUGGCACGUUUCGUUUUGUUUGCGUUUGUUGUAAGAUAUAAUGUCACUGGUGUGCUUGAUCUUAGAGGUUCAUGCACCAAACCCCUUCGAAUGUUUGGCACAAUAACACAACGAAUUAGCAGGUUUUCAUCAAAUAUUUUGGUAGCGCGCGGAAAUUCUUAGAGCCCCCAGGGCUUCUUGUUAUUAUAUGAAAGAGUAAAAUUUCUAUACAUUUUUAAUUUAUUUAAGAAGUCCGGCAAAAAAACACUUAACUUGACGACCCAAGGUUAAAGGCAGGCUUAACGCUUAAAUACGUGUACAAUUUACCUCCGCACAUCUACUCAAUUAUUAUUCAAAAAUACCUCCGGAAGUGGUAGAAAUAGAAACAGAGGAUAUUAGUUUGUAGAAUAAGUUUUUAUGAAAGUUGUAAACUGUAACUUCAGUUAUUAACACAUGCUUGAGUUGAGUCUUGUCGUUACCCUACCAAGUUAAGACAGCCACUCUAAAUUUAUAUUUUGCUAAAUAAGUUGUAGUGGAAGUUCCAAAAUAAAUUAUAACAGUAUCUCAGGUUUCAGGGAAUUUCUGCUGCAUUCUGCGCAAAUUACCAGUCCAGGUACCAAUAAACUACACGUGCAGAAAUUUAAUUAAAAUUACAGAAUUCUUAAAAAAUUGUUGUAAUGUGGUUUGCUUUUUUAGCUUCAGAACAGUGUUUAGCACAUUGUUUUGUUAUUUAGUUGGGUUUCCUUCCUACUAUUUUUGAAGGCGAAAAUCGCUUUUUUGUCUUAAAAUGUCGAUUAACCGAUGGAAUUUUGGCUCAAAAUUUAAACAAUUGAGAGUUUGAAUAACUGACAGAUAGCUAUGUGCCUGAAAUUCAAAAAACAUCUACGGGGAACAAAAGUCGUUAAAAUAACCGAGCAUUUCAAAUAAUUGCAGGGUAUUCUCUCCAAAUAACGGACACUCCAACCUCGAUCCCAGGGCCUGUAGCGUUAUUUUGAGGAUGAAACGCGUACGAUUUUCAUCCUCAUAUAAAACAAAACGCUACAGGCCCCAGGAUCGAGGUUGCGGACACUCCAAAAAGCGGACACCUCUGAUUAACGGCCAGGUUUUAUACACCAGCCGAAUUCUUGUCAAAGUCUCAGAAAAGCUUCUAAAAAGCGGACAAGGAAUAAGCGGACACUUCAAUUAACGAACAUUUUUAUGCAAGAAAUAGGUAUUUUUGAACUUCUCUCUUUUUAUAAUUAGCGGACACCUGCAGAAAAUGAUGCAACUUCUCUUUAAAUUAUUGUCUGUGAAGAAAAAAAACAACGAAAAAACAGUGUUUUACUAUGAUUUGUAUUGUCGUCGAUAUUUUAUGCAUUCAUAAGUAUUACAUAUUUUGUAUUUGGGUUGUAGGGCUUUUCUUUACCAUGCAGCUAUACAUCCGUGGCCUAAAUCCUAAAAUUGGUUUGUUAAAGAUUUAUAUAUGGCUAAAAAACGUGAGAAAUAUCCUAAAGCUACCAAUUAUUAAGGAAAACUACCGUUUUUUCGACUUUUUUCUAAUCAUUAUGGAUUUUGUGUGCACGUGGGUAUUAAUUUUUAUGUGUAUUACGUAUUAUUCACAAGUUCACAUUUGGGAUGUCCGUCAUCUCUUUGUAUAACUGCCUGUGUUUAUGUUGUAUCCUCGCAUUCGUUCUCGUGCUAUCCUGUAGCCUCCAUUCCGUGUUGUAUAUAAUCAAGGAGAAGAGUAGCAAACGACAUCCAGAUAUGAGGCAGACACGACUUGAGAAAGUAAGACUUUUUGCACAAAGUUUUUAAAAAAUGUCAUAAGAAGAAAUACUAUAAAUUUGAAAUAAAAGAUUUACAUUUCUGGAAGCAAACAUCGCACAGUGUGUGAAAUAUAAAUAUAUACCAUUCAUAACUUAAAGCGUUAUUAAGUUAAAAAAAGUUUAAUAUUUCGAUAUCACCAUCGUUUUCAGCAUACUUUUUUGUCUACUUUGCUCAGUCAGGAAGACUUAGACCCAUUCAUGUAUAUAUUAAAAAACUAGUGCUCGUUGCAAACAAGGAAUAUACAUGCUUUUUAAUUAUUAUUUUAAUUAUUUAACAAUCGUUUUUUUGACGUGGGAGCCUGUGUAAUAAAUUACUUUCCUUGAGAGUGAUGGAUUCAUUUAGGCAUUGUAAAGUGUUGUUGAAGAAGCGAUGUCAGCAGAGUCGUGCGUAGAGUCAUACGAUGAUACCUUUUGAUAAAUUAUGCAGGACAUAUGAAACAUUCAAACAGUGCGCAAUGUCAUGCAAAAGUAUGCAGUUUUAGGCAUGAGUCACUUUAAAAAAACUACGUGCAUUCAAUUUUUUUAUGUGUUAUUUUUGUAUCACAACAUUACAAAAAAAAAACAUUUCUUAAAAACAAAAGGUCCAAUGAUAUUAUACGCGCAAAGAAAUAUGUCAUUUUGUGAACAAAAAGUUUUUUGUAUAAUAAAAGUAGUAUUAUGUCUUUGUCUUUUUUUGCAUGUUAUUAAAAUCGUGUUAAUUUUUUUCUGCUACGACGUUAAGGAACAUACAUUGUUUCUGACAUCACCUUGUCUAAACUUAAUGUACAAAACCUUCGUGUUGGGUUGCACAAGCAAUGUACCAAGCAAGUUUUUGAAUUCCUCACAACAUUUACACUCGUGAAAGAUCGGAAGAACACAUUUUUACAUUUGUGCAAAUUUAUUGCUUUACUAGAAUUUAACUCGACGUUUUCAUCGCUCAUAUCACUAUCGCACUGAUUUACGUUAGUAUAUAUUUUUAAUUCUUGCUGGAUAUAUUCUUCGUGAGUGUAAGAAGCUGCGAAGUCUUCAAUAGUAAAUCAACGCUUUUGAUGGUUGCAAUAAAUCUACAUAUCAUUCUGAGAAGACGACCCUGGGCGGCCUGAGUGAAACUUUAUUUAUCUUCUUAGAAAUCUUGUUCAGCUAUAAACAUAAUGUGACGUCACAAAUCAACAAAAUGGACUACGAACAAAGUUGAAUUUUGUUCGAUAAUGGCGACGACCUUUAAAGUAAUUACUGUUUUGGGGGACGAAAUUAGGACAUAAAUGAACAUUGGAAAUUCUGCCAUAUUUUUCUCGUGAUAUUAUAGAAUGUUUUUACCUUAUAUAAUACCUGUUGCAAACUUAAAUUUUAUAAAUUUCAAGAUUAUCAAAAACUCCGCCUAGAUUUACCAGUGUUCAUACACAAUAAAUAAACUAAUUAUUCCGUUCAAAAUCGGAAAAAAGAGUUGUUUCGUAAAUAAACUAAUUAUUCGGUUCAAAAUCGGAAAAAGGAGUUGUUUCGUAAAUAGUAUAAACUAUUAUCUUAGUAAGCAUGCGAAAAGAAGCUGAACAUUUUAUAAAAUCAAUGUAAAUACGGUAAUGCAUUUUCGAAACCGCAAUCAAGACAUAAAUUGCCGCUUGUAUACAGUAUUUUUUUUACAAAAAUUGGUUAGAAAUCUUGCAAAUUUUAUAAUAGGGCUGCUUAUAAAAAAUUUCGUUAUUCAUUAAGUAUUAAGUACAUUAAGUAUAAAACUUAUGAGCAUUUUUGAAACUUUGAGUGGAAACAAAAAAUGAUCAACUGAUGUGAUGUGUCGAGAAAGAGACACCCUGAGCGUGCUCAAAAAUGUACUUAACAUGAAGAUACACUUGGUUUGUUGUAAAACAGCUCGUUUAAUAUCAAUCUGCCGGACGGUCGAGUCAUUUUCAUUUUAUUACACUGAAAAUUAUUUUUUUAACUUUAUGAAGCUCUGCUUAAUGGUAAUACUAAUGCUUAUUUAAGUUUAAAAUUGAUGAUUACCCUCGCCUUGAUUGUUUAAAAUCUUUUAAUGGUAUUACAAAAGUGCAAUAAAACGAUUGAAAAUAAAACAAGAAGCCCAGGGGCUUGAAGAUUUCCGCCAUUAGCCUAAAAGAUUAUAAAAUUUGAAAUUGAUCUUGAAAACGGAGAAUUAUGGGGUAAACAAAUCAUUGAGUAUUCUCAACUAUUAAGGGCCUGAUACACUUGUACAAUAUCACUGAAAUAAAACAUAUAAUAUCAAUAUAAUUUCUUAAAAUAUGUUUAAAAUAGAGUUAUAAUUUCUUUUAAUUGAAAUUCCGCGCCUCUUUAAAACCGUCGUUUUUUCUUUCGGAGCAUUUUUUGAGAAAAAAUCGCCCCUGAAUUUCACGUUCCUUCGAGAAGAGGAUAGCAUUGGUAUAACUGACUAACUAACUAGCCCUGUCCCAAAUGGUCAAUUGCAACGUCACAGAUUUAAACUUCGUACCCAAGCUCCCUAAGUACUGGGAAGUCAUCUAAAUGACGUUUCAGGCCAAAAUUGGUAUUUGUUUUCGACAAAAUUUGGCUCAGUUAACAAAAAAAGUAUGCUGAACAUAAUGGUGACAUUUUAAUUUUGAUUUUUGUCACCUAAAUGUCAUUUUAGACCAAAAUUAAUCCAAAAAUUAAAACUACUUUAUUUUCAACAAAAUUUGGCACAGUUAACAAAUAAAGUAUGCUGAACAUGAUGGUGACAUUAUAAUUUUGAUUUUUGUCACCUAAAUGUCAUUUUAGGCCAAAAUUGGUCCAAAAAUUAAAACUACUUUAUUUUCAACAAAAUUCGGCACAGUUAACAAAUAAGGUAUGCUGAACAUGAUGGUGACAUUAUAAUUUUGAUUUUUGUCACCUAAAUGUCAUUUUAGGCCAAAAUUGGUCCAAAAAUUAAAACUACUUUAUUUUCAACAAAAUUUGGCACAGUAAACAAAUAAAGUAUGCUGAAUAUGAUGGUGAGAUCAAAAGUUUGAUUUUUUGUCACCUAAAUGACAUUUCAGCCCAAAAUUUGUCCAAAAAUUAAAACUACUUUAUUUUCGACAAAAAUUAGCACAGUUAAUAAAAAAAUGCUGAAUUGAUGGUCACAUCAAAAUUUUGAUUUUUUGUCAACUAAAUGCCGUUUCAAUCGCAAGACUUUCAACCAUGAAUAUGAUAGGCUGUAUUUUUUGUUAGCAAUUUCUUUUAAAAUGUGAGUUCAAUAUGACGCGUUUCGUUUUGGUUGCGUUUGUUGUAAGAUAUAAUGUCACCUGUGUGCUUUAUCUUUAAAGCUUCAUGCACCAAACCUAUUCGAAUGUUUGGCACGAUAACACAACGAAUUAGCAGGUUGUCAUCAAAUAUUUUUGUAGCGAGCGGAAAUUCUUAGAGCCCCCAGGGCUUCUUGUUAAUAUUUUAUAUAGCUCAAUGUUGUUAGUGUUGCUUGCUUGUAGAAAAAACUUUUUCCCAAAAAAGCACAAAUGAAAGUCAAAGUGAAAAAAGUGAUUUCUAAUUGAUCAGAUAAAAACAAACAAUCGUUAAAAGAAAAGCGAUACAAGAAAUUCAAUGGUAUCGUUUUUUACAACGUUGGUUGUGAUUACGUUAUUGUUACAAAAUAUGCUUACCACAGUUUAUUCCCAAAGUGAGAAACAUGCAUUUACACAUAUAUUUGAUCUUUUUAGCAAAUUCAGCUGAAAGACAAAUGAUGAGGAUUUUGUUUUUGGAAAAAAGUCACAUUUCAUCCUAUUUUAUAUAAAAAUAAUUUCACCAUUAAAAAGUUUUUUUAUUUUGAAAGAAGUUAAAAAUUUUUUUUUUUCUCCCUUACUCACACCUUAAGCCAAAAUCACAUCAGUAUAUACAAACUAUGUUAACAAUACACCUUGUGCCGAUUUUGAAGAAGUAAUGCGCACAUGUUUUAAAGACACAAUAUUUAAAGGGCUAUAUUUUCAAAAUGGCGGUUUUGGUAGGUAAAGAAACUAAAAUCGUAAAUAGCUGUAUGUAUAGUUUUGUCCUGCUUAUAAGGGGAAUUGAUAUAUAUUAUAUCAUUAAAAGGGCAUUUAAAAAAAAAAUAGAAUUAAAGCUAUUAGUUUUUAAUAUCUUACUCAAAAUAAAUCCUUCUUGUAUAAACAAAUCAAAACAAACUUGGAGGUCUCAAGCUUAGCUGCCAUCUAUGUUUAUAAGAACCAAUGAUAUAAAUGCCAGAACAUAUAGGAGCAAAUUAAAUAUUCUGUGUUGUUUUUGUAUAUUCUUUAAUUUAAACACCACAGAUGGUGCAUGUGCCGCGAAUUGUAAACAAACAUCUCUGGGUUUUUACCAUGGAUGAAAAUAAUAACAUACUUAACGAAAUGUCAUUUGAAAAAUUUAAAAUAUGGAGUGUCAAACAUUUUAUGCCCAGAAUUGUUUUAUGGUCAAAUUAAUUCCUAAUGUUUCCAGAAAAAACACUGUAUUAGUAAGAUAAAUGUAUUUCAUAAACACCAAAAAAAAAACAUUAGAGAUUGAGGUAAGUACAGUAGGACACCUAACAUCGUGGAUUGCGUAUCAUGCGCGUCGUGCACAAUUCAAGAUGCUGUCGCAAUAGUAAAAUUUUUUAGCAUUGUGAAUGUCCCAAUCCAUUGUGGGGUCGACUUUCACGAUGCAUCGUGACUUUCGCGAUCCAUAUUGCGAUCGUCAUAAUACAUCUUUAAACAUUAUAAAAAUCACGUAAUUAAUGUCAUGAGAGAAUAGCGCAAUUAAUUAUGAAUAAUUGUUUUGUUUUUGUUAAUCAAAAAUAUUUUUGUUGUCGUAAGCUUUUUUCUUGUUUAGACUGACUCUAAUACUCACUCUACUCUAAAGGCCCGCCCAACCCUAACUUUCACGAUAAAAAAAUAGUAAAAAUAUCAACAAACAAACAUUUGCUUAUCCAGUCUCUUGAAAAAAAAGAUUAUGAAUGUUGUAACACCCUCCUUCGUUAUGAUUAAUAUAUGUUUAAAAUUACGCUGCUUGCUAAAAUCUUAAAUUUCUUAGUUGAUAUCAUUUAAGAAAAAUCAUUAAUAUCAUUAAAUCUUUUUCAAUGAUAUUAGAAAAAUAAUUAAAACAACAUAAAAUACGCAUGUCGUAACACCCUUCUCCUGUUAUUUUUUAUUAUUUUUUUGUUGUUGUUCCAACCAUACAUUCUUAUUUUUCCAUGAACUUUCAUUAAAUCGGACAUUCGCCAAUUUAACAUUCGCUAAUACAAGCAAAACAUACAUAGAAAUAUAAAUAAAAUGACCAUGAUACCAACAGACGUCAAGAUCCAGUGGUGAUUAGGUUGAACAUAAAAAAAAAGAAAAUAGUAUUUUAGUUAGUUCACCUAACCAGCUAGCAACCCAACAGUAGAUAGACCCUAGCAAUUUCGAUCACUGGAUUUUUGAAUAGUGCCGAAACAUCACAACCUAUACAAUAAUAUCAAUAUGAUGAGUAAGGUUGAUAGUCAUUUCUCUUCCAAUGAUAUGAAAUGUUUUAAACGUUGUAUUACAUGUUCGACUAAUAUGCGUAGUUUCGCUACUUCAUUUGUUUUCUUUACGUCUUUUGUCAACAUUUGAGAUUGUCUGCGCUUUCCAGGAGGAACAAGAACAUGAAUAAAUCAAGCUGCACAUUCUUCAAUGAUGUUAAAUCCCUUAUCAACCAAGAUUUCAGUAUAAGGCUCGAUUGAAUCUAAGGAACCUAAUGCUAACGAGAUUGCCUUACCUGACACAAUACCACCAUAACCUUCUAAAGCGAAUGCUAUAAACCUAUUUGGUGUAAUAGCUAUAAAGUACUUUGGCGGUAUUAUGGUGUUUGUAGUUCGACCAAAUUAUACGUUGAGCUUGGUGGUUUUUGGGUGUUUUGAUCCUCUGUUAUAUAUCUCUGUUGCGUCAGCGAUAGUAUGCAAGUUUCGAAAAAUUUUAAACUUAUUUGGUUAUGAAGCAGUAGCCUUCGAAUUUCGCUUUGGCACUCGGCAAUUGGCGAAGUAAUUGCAUUAAGCUUUGCGAUAGUCGCGAUGCAUAAAAAAAUAACGAUGCUAUCGCGAUCGUCACUAUUAAUCGUGAUUGUUGCGAUGGAUCGUGAAUAACAUUAAAAAUAUUAAACAAUAGAUGUGUAUAGCUAAUCUUGUGUCUUUGUUUUUGUUUUUUUACAUUUCAAAAUUCUUUUGCAUCUUGUAUUUUUAUUAGAAAUUGGAUUUUAGAAAUAAGGUGACUCCAACUUAAUUACUUGUUCUACGGGCGAAGUAGAUAGUAGUUUACGGUCUGUCGGCCGGCAAUCUGAAUCUGAAGAUGGCCAAAAGCUUUUGUUAAAUGAAUUGGAUUUGUUGACUCGCUUAUAUGUCUUUUUUAUCUGUCUAUUUUCUGCACAAGUCAUAUUUUUUAUCAACUGGAUAUAUCUUUUCCCCUUUUUUUCAUCUAUCUCCUUUGUACUUUGUGCACUAUGCCCCAUUGGAACUUGAUCAAAAUUAUCCAAUAACCCUGGUCAUACAUUUUAAUAAAUGAAAAAGUGCAUGGUUAAACAUUAAUUAUCAUAAUUAGUGGCCACCUAUGUAGGUUUUUUGCCUAGGUUUUUUUGCUGUUGUAAUUUUUGCCCUGAUUAGUUGAUAACAGAAUUUUAGUGACAUUUUGAGGUUUUAAGACGGUCCACUUCUUAGCUGAAAAAAGAGUGAUCAAAGAAAUGUUAAAUAUGGUGACUGAAAAACAAGAACAAGAAUCUUAAAAAAAGUCUCAACUCGGCCUGGACUUCAAAAUAAAAGAUUUGUUGAUAUGGUUGUCGCUGAUGUAAAAAAAGUGCAAAAUGGGUGAACUUAUUGAAGAAUUUAAUUUGGACACCAUUAAUCCUAAAGAUGUUUUAUCAAAUAUUAAUGAUUGUGAUGCACUGAAGAAGGCUGUAUUAGCAUGGCAGUUAUGUUUAGAAGGAAAUUAUAUCCAUGCUGCAAGUUUAUCACAAGUUUUGCUGGACAAAAGUUGGGAAGAACUAAAUGUAGGCCACUGGAAAGAUGUUGAUAUAAAUAUACGCUAUCUUUAUUCUUUUGCCUCACUUAUUAAAGGCUUAAGUUUAUAUGGUCACAAAGAUGUAAGAAGAGCAAUAAAAGCUUGUGAUAUGGGUUUAUUAAUGGGAGCUCCAAUUUUUGAUAACAUUUUAUCUAGAAUUGUAUCUAAAUUUACAAGGAUGUUACCGUUAUGCCUUACUCCAAGCGAAAAAAAUAAAGACAAUGAACCGCCCUCUAAAGUGAUUAAAUUUUAUAACAAUAUGCCACCACUUGAUUUUAGCAAGACUAUUGAAAGAAAAUGUGCACCUUCCUUGAUGCAAUUUCAAUUAGACUUCAUAAAAAAAGAAAACCCUGUAAUUAUUACAAAUUGUAUUACACAUUGGCCUGCCAUGGGUGAACAUAAGUGGACUGUGAGUUAUAUUAAAUCUAUAGCUGGCUCUAGAACAGUUCCAGUUGAAAUAGGAGAUAAGUACACUUCUGAGGAAUGGACGCAGAAGUUAGUUAGCAUGUCAGAGUUUAUUGAUACCUAUAUUGAGCCAAACAAUAGUACAGGCUACUUAGCUCAACAUCAACUGUUUGAGCAAAUCCCAGAGCUAAAAGAUGAUAUAAUUGUUCCUGAUUAUUGUUAUUUGUCUGAUAAGGAAGACGAAAAUGUAAUAAUAAACGCCUGGUUUGGUCCCGAAGGAACAAUAUCUCCUUUGCACCAUGAUCCGUACCAUAAUUUGCUAGUUCAAGUGGUAGGUUCCAAAUAUAUCAGGUUGUACGAUCACAAACUUUCUCAUUUUGUUUAUCCUCAUGAAGGAAUGCUAGACAAUACUAGUCAAGUGGAUGUUGAAAAUUGGGAUAAAGACAACUUCCCAAAGUUUGGAGAUGCUGACUAUGUUGAAUGUAUUCUUAAGGAAGGAGAAAUGUUAUAUAUUCCACCAAAAUGGUGGCAUUACGUUAGAUCAUUGUCAACUAGCUUUUCUGUGAGCUUUUGGUGGCAAUAAAUGUGAUCAAUCUGUAAAUAAAUUAUUUUUCUUAAUUCUUUCCCUUCUUCUAUUAUGUUAAUCUCUACUGUUUUAGUAUGGCACAAUAUAUUAUGUUAGAUCCCUUGAGAAAAAAUGAUAAUCAGUUUGUUAUAUAG